UGAUUAGAUAGCAGAGCGAAGAUUGACUCAAAUCCUGUCUGAGUCAAUGUUGACUGGCCCUUUAAAUCUACAAAGAUUUCUUUAAUUGGAAUAUUUUAGAUUCUCGCUUAUUAUAGGGACCAUGUGUGCAAUCUGAAAGGGGACACUUACAGUGUAAGCUGAAAGGCUGUGGACCGCCCGAAAACUCUACUUCAGGAAUCUUCACUGGCUUUCGUUUUGAAAGGUGCCUGUCUGCGUUGCAUGAGUCAGUCGGUUUUGCUGGCCGGACUAAACCAUGAGUGAACUGGAACAGCUGCGACAAGAAGCCGAGCAGCUGAGGAAUCAGAUCAAGGAUGCCAGGAAAGCAUGUAGCGAUUCCACUCUUGCACAGAUCACGGCUGGUCUGGAUUCAGUGGGUAGAAUACAGAUGAGGACAAGACGUACACUGAGAGGACACCUAGCAAAAAUCUACGCCAUGCACUGGGGAGCUGACUCCAGGUUACUAGUCAGUGCAUCCCAAGAUGGGAAGCUGAUCAUAUGGGACAGUUACACAACAAACAAGACACACGCCAUCCCCCUGAGGUCCUCUUGGGUGAUGACCUGCGCCUACGCCCCUUCUGGAAACUACGUGGCGUGUGGUGGCCUAGACAACAUCUGCUCCAUUUACAGCCUGAAGACGCGGGAGGGCAACGUGCGGGUGACCAGAGAGCUGCCCGGGCACACAGGUUAUCUGUCUUGCUGUCGCUUUCUGGAUGACAACCAGAUUGUCACUAGUUCCGGGGACACCAACUGUGCAUUGUGGGAUAUCGAGACCGGCCAGCAGACCACCUCCUUCACGGGUCACACUGGUGACGUCAUGAGCCUGUCCCUGAGCCCAGACUUCAAAACCUUCGUGUCUGGUGCCUGUGACGCUUCUGCCAAGCUCUGGGACAUCCGAGAUGGAAUGUGCCGGCAGUCCUUCAUUGGCCACAUGUCCGAUAUCAAUGCCGUCUCGUUCUUCCCAAACGGACACGCCUUCACCACGGGCUCCGACGACGCCACCUGUAGGCUGUUCGACCUUCGUGCGGAUCAGGAGCUCAUGAUGUACUCCCACGACAACAUCAUCUGUGGAAUCACCUCGGUGGCCUUCUCCAAGAGCGGGCGCCUCCUGCUGGCCGGAUACGACGACUUCAACUGCAACGUGUGGGACAGCCUGAAGGGGGAACGUGCAGGUGUCCUGGCUGGCCACGAUAACCGGGUCAGCUGUUUAGGCGUGACAAACGAUGGCAUGGCCGUCGCCACCGGAUCUUGGGACAGUUUCCUCCGAAUCUGGAACUAACAGAGGGGAGGAUUUUGGCCUGAGGGUGGACGGUGGCACCUCCAGCCAAAGGGGAGAUCUUACAGCUGGGACAUGAUCGCGUUCUUAUUGCCAUCGGAGUGAAGUCAUCCCCCCCAACCCUUUCCAUCUCUUCACUUGACUACAGAGAGCUUUCAAUGACUAGUUAAGUUAAACUGUGAGAUCAUAUGUGAACCCUGGUGACCAGGCUUUGCUCGAUAUCAUGGUCUUUGAGAAGCUAGGGGCACUAUUUAUUAAUGGCACGUUAUAUGAUUUUCAUAAACAGGUGUCUGUUUAUGAACAUCAUGUACUGUAUUAUACAUACAUUUCCACUGGGUAUUUGUCAGCUCGCUGUUCAGUAGGUUCUGCCCUCCACAACGUUCCCAAACUUGGAUUUAGGACACAGUUCCGACGAAUCACGCCACUCCUACGUUUUGUGUAUUCAUGAGUCUAUGAGCGUGCAUGUGUAUCUUUGUCAGGGUAUAUAGGUGUGCGUGUUUCGCUAAUGUUUUGUUAUUACAUACAACCCAGUGACAUUUACAUGACUUUCUAUGAUGGGCUAAUCGCCCUACUGGUAUACUUUUAUUACAACACGUUUUGAACUUUGUUUUACGGAACAAUUCCAUAAAUGUUUUUUUUCUUUUUUUCUUUGUGGUUACAAAAAAACAAGGGUAGGUGUUCUGAUGAAGGUCACAAAAGGUUAACUAACAAAAUAACGCUGGAUUCAAACCCCGAAGUCCAGCAUCAUGCAUGGGUCACUUCAUCUUCACCUUGAAAGCCUUUGAAGGUGACGUGGAGACACUUGGGGAGGGGAGCUGGACUGUGAUGCUCCAGGCCGUGCAAUUUCCGCCUUGAGGGAACCUGUUUCCGGGGGCUGUAGGCAGGACCCCUGUUCAGGGUGAAGUCCAUAAAUGCAGGAGAGAUGCUGAUCCUCAUUAUUCGGGGCCUAAUUAUUCUGACCCAAGCACCCAUUUCAGAACCAUGUAAAUACAAAUUCAUGGGAACUGGUCCCAGUAGGAAAACCUACUUCAGCAAACUGGCUUAAUUUAACCGGUUAAUUUAACAUGUUCUCGACAUGCACGAGCAGCUUAGUCAUCAGGGUGCGUCCAUAAAAAAUCCGAAUUUUUUAUUUUUUUUUACUGGCACUGUAACACCUCUCGCUGUCUGUUUUGGGCCUGUCUUCGUUCCUUCAUUCUCAUGGGCGUGGAACUUGUCACCGGGACUGUAACGGGACUCGAAGCCUGUGUGGUGCGUCUUGCUCUGGCUGGGCCUCACCGGCGGAGGCUGUUGUGUGUCCAGAAGGGAGCCCGUGAGGAAGCAGGGCCUUCGUCCCCCAGAGGGCAGCGGCUGCUUGCAGAGAGAGGCAGCCUGUGCUCACCGGCUGGACUUUCUUCGCAUUGACUUUAACAGACCACAUGCACACGUUAUACACUUGCAUGUUUUAUGCAUAGGAUUUCGUUGUGAUGUAUGCAUAUCUGAACAUGUAACUGGCUCCCACCACAGGCUGGGGUCUGUCAGGGCGCUGCCCUCUCUCCCCAUUCAGAAUAGCCUCACAUGGCCAUAAGCUUAUAUAGUGCAUUUGUAUGACAGUCAACCUCGACGGAAGACGGUUGGGUCCUGACUGCUAUUUUGACCGCAAACGUGCCCACUUGGCUGAGUGUGCCUUGGAAGUGGACUGCCGGCCUUAAAUGGCGUGAAGAGUCAGCCUACAAUGUAUUAAAAUGUCUUUUCUUAAACAGAAUGGGUUAUGAAGUGGGAAUUUAAACUCUGUCCCUUAAAUGAUUGUAUUACAAUGAAGUCGAUCACCAUCUCCAGUUAUUGCCAUUCAUGCUGUUCUUCUCCGUGGAUUUAACCUCUGUUCGCUGAUGGCAUGAUAGUGUCAGAGAGUCUGAACACCACUGUGGUGUGAAAUACUAUGCGGAGUGUAAGCACCUGUAUUACUGUACUUCUGAGACUCAUUUUUGCAUCAUACUUUACCACAUAAACUGAACUGUGGAGAUCGAAUUAAGGACUUUCUCUGCAUGUACAGGUGCCAAUACCAAGUCAGUCAUUGUGCAGGUGAGCUAAGCACCGAUUGGUUGGGCCAGCACAGCUCUCACUGCUGGUUGGUCAAUAGUAUUUGCAGCUUAGACUGAUUUAAACGUACUUUCACAUGGCACAAUGCUGACAUCCUCCACUAGAUGUUCAUAGUCAAUCAGCGAUUGAUGCUACUACGUAGCAAAGGUGUUACACUGGUAAGUUGACACGCUGUGCCUGUGUAUGUCAUUACCAAAGAUGCAGAUAAAUUGAUUUUUUUAUUUUAGUGAAUUUUUUUCUGGAAGAUGGGAAUAGUCCUCAAUUGAGAUCCUCUAGUUUGUUAUAAUGGACAGGCCACAGAAGUAUUGCUUUGGAUACAAAGUGAUGGUAUUUAAUGUAAAAUCGUCAGUGUAAGGAUGCCUGCAGUAUGCAGAUCAUUUGCAAAGAGCUGGGAUGAAAUAUAAUGGUCCUGUUCCAUUUGUUAUUGUUUUAUGUUUUUUUUUUUUCAUUUCUUGUUUUAGUCAAACGUUGCCUGAAACUGCUUCCUGAAGAAGCAUCGCAAUCCUCACACACUACUGUUUAAACAUUUAACUUGAAAUUGAACAUGGAGACAUUAACGAUCAAUAGGACAGCGGGGAGCGAGUCUCGCUUCCCGUCCCGGACCCUGGGCGUCCCAGCUCUGCUUCCUGUGAUUAGUGUUAUUCAUUGUUGCCAUAUCAACACUGAUUUAGUUUUAUAGCGCUCUGCCAUUCGGCUCCUUUAUGUAUCCAGCAUUGUCUAUUUAUUUUCUGUUGAGCCAGGCAAAACCAGGAACCAUGAGGGCCGUGAUUUUUUUAACAGUGCUAUUGUGUGAAAUUAAUCACUUACUAUGAAAUAACUUUUAUAGUCUUUUUCACACCAGAUUUUUGUUUUUGUAUUUGUACAGUGGCUCGAUAUACUGAUGUUGCCAUUACUUGACAUUGUAACCAAUAAAAUCUUUUAACCAGGA